AUGUCAAACGGUGAACUCAAGACCAAUGACAUACUAUGUGGUUCAUGGGAGGACUACAGCAGCGUUGAUGCCUCGGAACUCGGCACACAAUGGAACGCCGUCGUAGCCAUGUACAACGAGCACGGCUUCAUAGCCUGUAACAUGACUCCGGACCGGUGGCGCGAGGUUGAUAUGGCGACCUACCUGUCCGGGAUAUAUGAAACCCACAAAGCCUCGUUGUUCAAGGACGAGAAGAUUACCACUUUGCUCGUUUCUGCGAUGGAGAACCCAGACAAUGACAAGUUCCAGGGGACCCUUUACGGUAUUACUGGGAGGCAACCUAGUGUUAUCGUGUACGAAAGGCAAAGAACGUUGGACCAGACCAAGGAUCGAGGGGGAACAUUCGUGCUUUACUAUGAGCCUGACAAUCCUGGCGAAAAAUACAAAAACCUCUUGUGUAAAACCGACAGUCAUAUAUCGGUUAGGGUAUGA